AUGGGUUCGAGAAGAUACGACUCGAGGACUACAAUCUUUUCUCCAGAAGGGAGAUUAUACCAGGUUGAAUACGCUCUAGAAUCUAUAUCUCAUGCUGGUACCGCAAUUGGCAUUAUGGCAAAGGAUGGAAUUGUUCUGGCAGCUGAAAGAAAAGUUACAAGUAAACUUUUGGAGCAAGAUACUUCCAGUGAAAAAUUGUAUAGGUUGAACGACAAUAUUACCGUUGCUGUUGCCGGUUUAACUGCGGAUGCAGAAAUCCUAAUAAACACUGCGCGUUUACAUGCUCAAAAUCAUUUGAAAUUAUACAAUGAAGAUAUCCCAGUUGAAGUUCUCGUGCGGCGUUUAUCGGAUAUUAAGCAAGGGUAUACACAGCAUGGUGGAUUAAGACCUUUUGGUGUUUCUUUCAUCUAUGCAGGAUACGAUGAACGUUACGGAUACCAAUUGUUUACCUCCAACCCUUCUGGUAAUUAUUCAGGCUGGAAGGCUAUUAGUGUUGGUGCCAAUACGCAAGCCGCGCAAACUCUGUUACAAAUGGACUACAAGGAAGAAAUGUCUUUCGAGGACGCUAUACAACUUGCGUUAAAGACUCUUUCCAAGACCACCGACAGCAGCGCAUUGACUCAUGACAGGUUAGAGUUUGCUACUAUUCAACGCAACGAAGUUGGUAAGAUUAUACAGAAGAUCUAUAAACCUGCGGAGAUUAAGGAGCUAUUAACAAAACAUAGUUUUACAAAGCAGGAGGACACUGCUUGA